GGCGGCGGCGGCGGCGGCGGCGGCGGCGGAGCUGUGGUGCCCGGCGGCGCCGGAGAGGAGCUGCGGCAUCGCGGCGCUGAUCGGAGCGGCGGGCCGCCCGCCAUGCGCCGCCCUCCCCUCCCUGCCUAGCGGCUUGGCGGCCGCGCCGGGGAUGCGCGGCGGCGGUGCCGGGCGGGCGGGCAGCGGCUCCCUGCUGCGCUGCGGCUGAGGCGGGCGCCGCUCGCCGGGAAGGCCCAGCAUGGCGGAGGAGGCGCCGCCCGCGCCCGACGGAGCCAGCGGAGCCCCCGCGCCAGCCCUGCCUGCCCUGGUGCCCGGCCUGCAGGGCGCGGAGGCCGGCGCGCUGCAGCACAAGAUCCGCGGCUCCAUCUGCAAAGCUGUACAAUCUAAAGUGGACUGCAUUUUGCAAGAAGUUGAGAAGUUUACAGAUUUACAGAAACUCUACCUCUACCUUCAACUGCCUUCUGGUCCCAGCAAUGGCGAGAAAAGUGAUCAGCUGUCCGUCUCCUCCAGCCGUGCUCAACAGGUGCACGCCCUUUCCUGGAUCCGGAACACCUUGGAAGAACACCCGGAGACCUCCCUCCCCAAGCAGGAAGUGUAUGAUGAGUACAAGAGCUACUGUGACAAUCUCGGCUACCAUCCGCUCAGUGCCGCAGACUUUGGCAAGAUCAUGAAGAAUGUGUUUCCCAACAUGAAGGCCCGGCGCCUGGGCACACGAGGCAAAUCUAAAUAUUGCUAUAGUGGACUUCGGAAGAAAGCACUCGUGCAGAUGCCAUCGCUCCCCAAUCUGGACUUCCCUAAAACUGGAGAUGGGCUGGAUGGGGCAGAGCCUGCUGGGCGCCUGCAGAGUGCCGAUGAGGAGAUCGUGUCUGCUGCCUGCCAGCUAGUCUGCGAGUGGGCUCAGAAAGUGCUCAGCCAGCCCUUUGAUUCUGUUCUGGACUUGGCCCGCUUCCUGGUGAAAAGCCAUUACACGGGCACCAAAUCCAUGGCAGCUUUGGCAGUGAUGGCAGGCGCCCCUGCAGGACUCAAGGGGAUCCCCCAGCCAUCGGCUUUUGUCCCGACGGCAGAGAGCAACUCCUUCCAGCCCCAGGUGAAGACGCUGCCUUCGCCAGUGGAUGCCAAGCAGCAGCUGCAGCGCAAGAUCCAGAAGAAGCAGCAGGAGCAGAAACUACAGUCCCCUCUGCCAGGCGAGUCGCCCGCCAAGAAGGCCGAGGGCACAGCGAGCAAUGGGGUGGCCAGCCUUCCGAAUGGGAGCCCGGCCAUCCUGUCCCCUCAGUCCAUUGGCAUUGUGGUGGCUGCUGUGCCAAGUCCUAUCACGGUGCCAAGGUCCCGGCAGUUGGUAACGUCUCCUAGCCCGAUGGGCUCGACCGAUGGCAAAGUCCUUCCACUCAAUGUCCAGGUAGUCACUCAGCCCAUGCAGUCCAUCAAGCAGUCUCCAAAGACUCCCCAGAAUGUGCCGGCCAGUCCCGUGGGAGAUCGCUCUGCUCGUCAUCGCUAUGCCCAGAUCCUGCCAAAGCCAGCCAACACCAACGCGCUCACCAUUCGUUCCCCAACCACAGUGCUCUUCACAAGCAGCCCAAUCAAGACGGUGGUUCCUGCUCAGCACAUGAACGUGGUCAAAAUGACUGCCAUCUCGCUUGCCCCAAGCGGUGCCAGCGGCACACCCAUCAAGCACACAGCCUCCACCAUUGGCUCAGGAGCUGCAGAAGAGCCAAGAAGUCUCCCUCAGAUCAAGAAAGGAUCUGUAAUUUCACUCCAGUCCCCAGGAACCAAAGGUGGCAGUGGAGGCCUAGCUUCUGCCCCAUCUUCGGUCGAGGUCAAACUGGAGCCGGAACUGGUGCUGGAUGAGAGCUUGCAGCAGAAUCAAGAGAAUGCAAACCCCGCUCAAGCAGUCAGAGUCACCCUGCUAACACCUGUGGAUCAGUUGAGGACUGUGGAAGCCGAGGCCUGGAAAGGCCGGGCUGAGGAGUGUCUUGGAGCAGCAAGCUGUGACCUCCAGGGGGGAGAUUCAGAGAGGAAAUCCCUUUCCCAGGCGCAUGAAGCCCCCCUGGGUCCCUCGGAUGCGGGUCAACAUGUCUCCAGCACCGGCAUCGCCCCCUCGCCUACUGCAGGCGACCAGGGAUGCCCAAAAGGCCUGCGGAAGAGGCUGCCUUCUGCCUUUGUGGAUGCUCAGGGCCCCCCUGUCAAGAAACUUUCUGUGGGACAGCCAUCUGCAGAAGCCCCCAAGGCCAGCGGUGCGAAGAAAGCCCAGCAGACAGGCAGCCUGCCUCUUCCUAAUAGUGAUGGUCCAGCUGCCCUUCUCCAGAGUCCCGGCCAGGCGGCCCUUCAAAUCCAGUCCACAGCCUCAGGGAUCAGCCUGGAGACUUCCUGCCCCCUGGAUGCUGACCUCAUCAUUGCCCCCAGCGACUCCCUGCUGGAGCAGCCCCCAGUGGCCACCUCAGCAGGUGUGGAAAUGAAGUUGGAAGGAGACGUCUUUGUCCUAGGAAACAGCUCUAAGUCCGAGGGCAGCCUGAACCCCAACGUGUGGCAGCACCUGGCCAAGGGCUCCCCCUUUGUCCAGGAGGCCUGCAAGCCCCCAAUCAGUGUUAUGACGCUUGCUGGACCACCCGACUCAGAGGACCUACCCAAGUCCGCCUGGGAGCCGGUGCACUUAGAAGGGUUCCAGCAGGCCGGGACAGCCUUUGGGCAGCCGUUGCCGGAUCAGGCCCAGCCGCCCUCUCUCGACCAGCACCUGCCUGGCCAGAGCUCCAGUCAGCUGCCCCUGCAGCAGGAGCUGAAGGACUUCGAGGAUGCCGCCUCCCAGUCCCAUGAGAACUACUUCUCUUUCGACGACGACCUGACCCAGGACAGCAUCGUGGAGGAGCUGGUGCUGAUGGAGGAGCAGAUGUCUCUCAGCACCUCCCACCUCUACAGCACCUCCCUGGGGAUGGCUCUCCAGAACCAGGGGGUAGCUCAGGGGGCAUCCUUGGCCCCUCAUCCCAGCAAUGCCCACUUCUAUCACCCGAUCCACAGCAACAGCACACCUGUUCAUACGCCCACGCCCACCCCGACGCCAACCCCAACACCCACACCCACCUCGGAAAUCAUGGCAGGAUCACAAGGCGUGUCGCGGGAGAGUCCGUGCUCCAGGAUGGCCCAGACCACACCUGUUGACAGCGCCCUGGGGAGCAGCCGGCACACACCUGUCGGCACCCCACACUCCAACUGUAGCAGCAGCGUGCCCCCAAGCCCCGUGGAGUGUAGAAACCCCUUUGCCUUCACCCCAAUUAGCUCCAGCAUGGCUUACCACGACGCCAGUGUGAUUUCCAGCAGUCCUGUGAAGCCCAUGCAGCGGCCCAUGGCCACCCACCCUGAUAAAACCAAGCUGGAAUGGAUGAAUGCCGGCUAUGGCAGCGUGGGCGCAUCCUCUGUCACCAGCCAGGGGAUUCUGCCCGGCUACCAGGAGUCGGUGGAAGACCGUUUCAGGAAGCCCCAUGCCUUUGCUGUCCCUGGCCAGUCCUACCAGUCUCAGUCACGGCACCAUGAUACUCAUUUUGGGCGAGUGACCCCCGUCUCCCCCGUCGGCAACAAGCAGGAAGGUUUUGCCGUCCCUGCUCCUCUCGAUAACAAAGGGACCGGCUCCUCUCAUGGCGGCCAUUUCAGAUGCCGGAGCGUCAGUCCCGCCGUGCACCGCCAGCGGAAUCUUAGCGGAAGCACCGUCUGCCCCGUCACAGCCGUGCUUCGCUCUGGAACGAUGGUGGGCUCUUUUGGGAGUCCAGUCACCCUGGAAGUUCACCCCUCCUUGGCAAACGUCCAUGCAGACCCAAGUGCCAGUACCCUUGCCCAGCGCAGCCAGUCAGUGCCCCUGACAGUGAUGAUGGAGACAGCUUUUCCACAGCCUCAGAAGCAGCCAAGUUCCAAGAAGAUCACCAACGUCUUGCUCAGCAAGCUGGACUCGGAGAACGAUGAUGCUGUGCGUGGCCUGGGCAUCAACAACCUGCCCUCCAAUUAUACCGCCAGGAUGAACCUGACUCAGAUUUUAGAGACUUCUGCCACCUUUCCAAGUGCCAAUGCCCAGAACGUGCCCCCGUGCAGCCAGUCCAUUUUUGAAUUCCAAACACCAGGUUACCUCGCUAAAAACAGCAGCCCCGACCCGGCAGACUUUGCUUCUGGGGACCGUGCAGCCCAUUCGGAAGCUGGGGAGCAGCAGCUGGAUUUCAGCGGCACCGUGAAGGAGCUUUUGGAGGAGAGCAGCCUGCAGGGCAGCCAGGUGCCUCCCGACUUGACCAACGUGGCCUCCGUCUUCUCCAGCGACAUGAGGCUGGCCUCGGAGCUCUCGGGGAGCAUGAAUGACCUGAACACUCUGGACCCAAAUCUGCUCUUUGAUCCGGCCCACCCACAGGGCCAAGACGACGAGGCAACACUAGAGGAGUUGAAGAACGAUCCCCUGUUCCAGCAGAUCUGCAAUGAGUCCAUCAGCUCUAUGACUUCCGCAGGUUUCGAUUGGAUGGAGAGUAAGGACCAUCCUGCUGUGGAAAUGUUGGGUUAAGAAGUGUGUGCGUGUGUGCGUGCACGUAUGUGUGUAUGUAUACACACCUAUACAUAUUUGUGAGUGUGUGCGUAUAUAUAUAUAUAUGUAUAUAUGUGUGUAUAUAUACGUGUGUGUGUAAAUAUAUAUACACGCACACACGUGUGUGUAUGUGUGUAUAAAAUCUAUGUAGCACACUGUAUUUAAGAAAACCUAAAGACAAGACAUACUGUAUUUGUCUUAAUGGAAGUGCCUCCUGCAGCAGAAACAAAAUUUGUGACAUUUUUUUUUAAAAAAAAGAACUGCUCUACCAGCUGCUUUAUUCUUCAGCAGGGUGUAUACAAUCUUAACCAAUUUUUAAGGCAUUUCUGAAGGAUGCAGCCUGCUCCAGAGCCAGUAUUAGGUUUUAAAAUUUUGCUUACUGAGAAACAUGGCUUGCUGCCUCUGGAGGAUAAAGAGCCUUUUGCGGGAGGGUAUCGGGAGGUAGGAAGGGAGCACUCCCCAUCCAGCCUUCCCUCUGUCUGCUCUGCAGGGCCUUCCAUUGGCAUCGGGGUUCAGAGAGGCAAUGCUGACACUGGGAGGGUGCAUGGAUGGGUUGCAUGAUGCAUCUGGUCAGGAAGUGCUUCUGUAUUCUGGGUGCAUAAAAAGGCUGGCACGAUUAGCACACCAGAGAGACCAAACAUCCUGAUCACAAAUACCAUAUGCCCGCAGAGUGGAAAAGGCAGAAGGGGCCAGCGGGGCCAGCGUUCCUAGGUCACUCGAUUGGGAGAUGGUCUCCAGCUGCCCUUUCCCAAAGGAUGGUGGACUUGGCACCCGCUCCACAGGAGGGUCCUGGGGGGGUGCCUCAUUGGCCAGUUGCCAGGGAAGGCUAGCAAUAGACAGGAAGGGGGGAAACCAGCACAACUUGAGUCUGAUGGUUGUUAACUCCUUAUCAAGGGCUAAUUGUGGCAGGAGCAGGAGAGGCUUCCAAGAAAGGAGAAGCAGCCCAAAUCUUUUAUCCCAAAUGGAAUACUUAGUCUGCCAUAGGGUGGCUCAUAUAAAGAAUACACCAGAAUGUUUUAAAAGCUAAUGCUGCUUUUAAUUCCUUGAGUAGGGAAGACUAGUUCCAACCCCUGUGGUUAAUAAAUCUGUUCCUUCCAUGGCAACUGUACCCUAAAAUGUUUGUCAGGAUUUAUAGUUCUUUUUGUUCACACGAAAAACUACGACCGUGAUUCGGGUUUCCCUAACUCACAGGCUUUAAAAAAAAACAAAAAAACACUUUUCUGCAGAAACUAGUUAGUGUUUCCAGGAUUGACACAACUAACCAUUUCUUUCUUGAUGAAGUCAUGCCCAGUUGGAAGACUCUUGUUAAUGCUGGAGGGUGAAUUUCCGAGGCCUUCUGUGGUAGGAACCAUGGGAAGCCUGCUGUAGCUGAGCCCGUCCUCGGAAGUGUUCCUCCCAGCACCCACAGGGAAAUAGGGGGACUGUUGGGGCGGAGUCCCUGGGGCUGGCACUUUGACACCAGCAGAUGAGCACUGCUCUUGCGUGGCUUCCCUGUCUCGCCAGCUCUGAGCCUCUUUUAUCAGCACAGCUCCAGGGAAGGUGGGGUGGUCCUGCGUCUCGGGGGAAGAGAGUGCCCCAGGGCAGCCGACUAGACAGGAGAGCCAGGCCAAGGAGCCUCUUACGGUGCAAGGUGCACUAAUCCCCUUUUGGGCUAGGAUGCCUUAUGAGGAGGUGCCCAGGAAGCUGUGCCCUUGCCUUAUGCCAGGUCAGCUGUGGGAAGAGGGAGAGGGGACAAAGCUGAGCCUCUUUCACCUCCCCUCCGGGGUCUGUGGGCUGUCAGUCCACCUGAUCCCUGGCUUAAAAGAAGGUCUGUCUCAGCAAGCUUUUUGGGGUUUUAUUCCCACGUCAAGGUGUGAAGCCUCUGCAGCCGUGAGAAUCUGCUCCUGUACAAGCACAUGAACGGCACUGGGGCCACUUGUUUCUCUGUGAUCCUCAGUGUUUUCCAGGAUGGCCCAGGCCCGGUGACCCACACUGCUGGGCAUAUUGCUCGUGUAGAGAUUUGUGCGCACACACACACACACACACAACCACUCAAGUAGUAUUUGUGGGGCUGUCCUAUGGGAUACAGAGAGGUGGAAUCACUGGGGUGCUGAGUGUAAGCAGUGGGCUUUGGGCUUCCAGUGCCCAAUUCAGGCACUUGUGCAGAGUCCAGACUGCCUCAGAGACAGAAACAAACACUUCCGUUUCCUUUCCAGCAAUAGUCUAGCUGGUGCUUGGCUCCUUUUCCUGGGAAGCUGGCAGUGCUUGGAAGCAGGGGAGCUGUUGGGCCCAGGUGUGAGCCUCAGGCUGAAGGGGCUCCCCCAUUCCAGCUCUAAUGGUGCUAGGGGGUCGUCCCCUCGCUCUCCCUUGCCUGACCUUCCUGGGGGGCUAAGCACUGCCACAACCCAGGCCUCCCAGUUGUCCUUCUUCAUGGCCCAGCCAGCAGCCCCCUUCCCUGGGAUCGGGGCAGUCAUGGCAGCCCAGUUUUGAGGAGGUGGUUUUGGGCCAUUCCUCUACCAGGAAAGGCAGGGUGUCCCCAAAGGAAAGGUUGCUUGUUUUAUGUAGCAAAAUUAUCUCAGUGAGAUACAUCUCCUCUUAUUCUCUUACCUGAGAAUCUUACAGCAGGAAAAGUCUGUGUUUGCCUCACCUCUUGGUGCAUCCUCACCCAUGUGCAUGCGGUGUUCUCUCGGCUUGCCUUGUUUGUGCUAGUUAGACUCCCGUCAGCCACCCUGUCCCUCCCUCCCUCCCUCCCCUGCGCUGGAUUGGGGCCGUUCUGCACAACCAGAUUGGCGCGGGGAGUUGCCCGCUUGCUUCACAAUCCUGCCAGGCUCAAAGGUCACCCUUGGCCAGAUGCUGCUUCUUCCCCAAGCAGGCAGAGAAGCCACUCCUGGCGCACCUGGACUCUCCAUGAACUCCCUCCCACCCAACCCGGCUGCCCAGCUUUCGAGGAGCGUUUCGUUGUCUGUUGGACCGCUAAAGGACAGUGGAUAGGUCUUGCCGCGUAGCAUUUCAGUUCAUUUUUUUUAUUGGAAGUGCUCAACAUUUGUUUUUUAAUGUUUUCAGGAACAAUAAAACAUUUUCUAUGAAA